AUGGCGGCUACGGCCCUGGCGAGCGGGGCCCCCUUCGGCCCUGCACUCGAGCUGCUACCGGGACAGCCCGCGCCGGCCCGGGCGCGCCCGGAGUCAGUGACCUUCGAGGAUGUGGCCGUCUACUUCUCUGAGAACGAAUGGACCGGCCUGGCCCCCGCUCAGAGGGUGCUGUACAGGGAUGUGAUGCUGGAGAAUUAUGGGGCUGUGGCUUCCCUGGCAUUUCCAUUUCCCAAACCGGCUCUGAUUUCCCAGCUGGAGCGAGGGGAAGCACCCUGGUGCAAAGCUCCUCAGGGAGCUCUGGAUGGAGGGGGCCCGAGGGGCAUCUCCUCAGAGGGUGUGUUGAAGAGUCAGAAAGAUUUUAUUCUGAAGGAGGAACGUUUUGAGGAGGCAAAGGACCACAUGGUGUUAUCAAGCAGACCCCGGUGGUGUGGCUCCCAGGAAUUCUGGUUUGGAAAAACCUGUGAGGAGGAAAAAAGCAGGUUAGGGAGGUGGUCUGACUAUUCCAAUGGGAGAAGUAUGGAGAACACUGCAAAUGAUAUUAUAGAAGUGAUUGUCAAAGAUGAGAUGGUCUCAGGAGAAGAUAGUUCAGAGAAUGCUGAUGUGAAUACCCACCUUGCUAUACAUCAGAAAAUUCUCAGUGAGCAGGUGUUCUAUAUAUGUGAAGAAUGUGGCAAGUGUUUUGAUCAAAAUGAAGACUUUGACCAACAUCAGAGACUUCAUAAUGGAGAGAAGGUCUAUGGAUGUAAGGAAUGUGGAAAGACUUUCAGUUUUAGAUCACAUUGCAUUGCACAUCAGAGAAUUCACACGGGGGUGAAACCCUACGUGUGUCAAGAAUGUGCUAAAGCCUUCGUUUGGAAGUCAAACCUGAUUCGACACCAGAGAAUACAUACUGGAGAGAAACCCUUUGAAUGUAAGGAAUGUGGGAAGGGCUUUAGUCAGAACACAAGCCUUACACAACAUCAGCGAAUCCACACUGGGGAAAAACCAUAUACAUGUAAGGAAUGUGGGAAAAGCUUUACUCGGAACCCAGCCCUACUUCGACAUCAGAGAAUCCACACUGGGGAGAAGCCUUAUGAAUGCAAGGACUGUGGGAAAGGCUUUAUGUGGAACUCCGAUCUUGCUCAGCACCAGAGAGUCCACACGGGGGAGAAGCCCCAUGAAUGUACUGACUGUGGGAAAAGCUUCAUCUGCAAGGCACACCUUAUCCGACAUCAGAGAAUCCAUACUGGGGAAAGACCCUAUCAGUGUAAUGACUGCGGGAAGGCCUUCAGUCAGAAUUCUGUUCUGAUUAAGCACCAGAGGCGCCAUGCCAGAGAGAAACCCUGUAAUUGUCAGACCUCUCACAUUGAACAUUAGAGAAUGCACAAUGGUGGUACUUGCUUAUAAUUCUUAUGCAACAGGAACCCCAGAGACAAAACAAGGUGAUUGUCCACAGUUUGUUAUAACUCUAAUAGCCAGUAUUAUCUUACCCCUUCUGAACAGAUACCCUGUGCUCUAGCAAGAGUGGUCCUCCUGUUCGACCAUGUUCAUGCUAGGCAACUUUUAGUUGAGCGUCUACUCUGUUGGGUACUAUGCUAAUCACUUUACAUACAAUCUUUAGUUUUUCUUAAUCCUAUUGAGGUAGGUACUCAUCUUCAUUUUACAAAUGAGAAAUCUGAGGUUGAAAGAAGUUAUAAAACUCAUUCAAGGUCACUUAGCUAAUAUGUUACAGAAUUGAGAUUGGAAGCAGGUCUAUCUGACCCCAGAGUCUACUGUUCUUUAUUUGUGCACAUUUCUGCUUCUGCUCAUUUCUAUUCACUCAAGUUUCCCUAGGCUAAAAAUUUCCUUUUCUCGUCUAAUACCCAGCUCCUUCAGCCAAACAGACCUCUCUUCCUCUUCUACUUGUGAUCAGUACUAUCCAAAUUGUUAUUUAACUACGUGCUGUCUUAUAUUUUUCUGAUGUCUUAUUGUGUUAGUCCAGCUAAAUGUCUCUUUGAGGACCAACACUGUAUUUCUUUUAUGUUUUUCAAAUUUUGAAACUUAUUUAUUUUUGACUAGUUGUAACAUGCUCAUGAUAAAAAAAAGUUGAAAUAGUUCAAAAAGGUGUUCAGUGAAAAGUAAAUUCUCCUUGUCACUCCUAUCUCCCA